GGGCCGGGCACGUGACUCGCCGGCUGCUGCUGCCCCGGACCCCGGCCCCAGAGUCCGCUCACGCCUGUUAACCUCAACGGGCAUCUCCUGAAGAGUUGCCAUGUCUGGGAAUCCUGCCUCUUCCUCAGAACAGAACAACAAUAGCUAUGAAACCAAAGCAAGUCUCCGAAUGUCAGAGAAGAAAUGUUCAUGGGCAUCUUACAUGACAAACUCUCCAACCCUCAUCGUUAUGAUUGGCUUACCAGCCCGUGGCAAAACCUACGUGUCCAAGAAGCUUACACGCUACCUCAACUGGAUUGGUGUGCCCACCAAAGUGUUUAAUCUUGGGGUGUAUCGGCGGCAAGCAGUCAAGUCCUAUAAGUCCUAUGACUUCUUCAGGCAUGACAACGAGGAGGCCAUGAAGAUUCGCAAACAGUGUGCCCUGGUGGCGCUGGAAGACGUGAAGGCAUACCUCACGGAGGAGAGCGGGCAGAUUGCAGUGUUUGAUGCCACCAAUACCACUCGGGAGAGGAGGGACUUGAUUUUGAACUUUGCCGAGGAGAAUUCCUUCAAGGUGUUCUUUGUGGAGUCCGUCUGCGAUGAUCCUGACGUCAUUGCUGCCAACAUCCUGGAGGUGAAGGUGUCGAGUCCUGACUACCCUGAAAGGAACAGGGAGAAUGUGAUGGAUGACUUCCUGAAGAGGAUUGAGUGCUACAAAGUCACCUAUCAGCCCCUCGACCCAGACAGCCAUGACAAGGAUCUUUCUUUCAUCAAGGUGAUAAAUGUGGGCCAGCGAUUUCUUGUGAACAAAGUCCAGGACUACAUCCAGAGCAAGAUCGUCUACUACCUCAUGAAUAUCCACGUCCACCCUCGCACCAUCUACCUCUGCCGGCACGGCGAGAGCGAGUUCAACCUCGUGGGGAAGAUUGGGGGUGACUCAGGCCUCUCGGCGCGAGGGAAACAGUUUGCCCAGGCUCUAAGGAAGUUCCUGGAGGAACAGGAGAUAGCAGACCUCAAAGUGUGGACAAGCCAGUUGAAGAGGACAAUCCAGACCGCUGAAUCUCUGGGGGUGACCUACGAGCAGUGGAAGAUUCUGAACGAGAUUGAUGCUGGCGUGUGCGAGGAGAUGACUUACGCAGAGAUUCAGGAGCAGUACCCGGACGAGUUUGCCCUUCGGGAUGAAGAGAAAUAUCUAUACCGAUAUCCUGGAGGGGAGUCGUACCAGGAUCUGGUGCAGCGGUUGGAGCCGGUCAUCAUGGAGCUGGAGCGCCAGGGCAAUGUCCUCGUCAUCUCCCACCAGGCUGUCAUGCGCUGCCUUCUGGCCUACUUCUUGGACAAGGGCGCAGAUGAGCUGCCGUACCUGAGGUGUCCUCUGCACACCAUCUUCAGACUUACUCCCGUGGCCUACGGGUGCAAAGUGGAAACAAUUAAACUCAAUGUGGAGGCUGUGAACACUCACCGUGACAAGCCAACUGCAGAGACCUCGCGGGCCGCGCACAGGCUCCCAUCUCCGGCGCCCCCUGCGUCGCCCUCCUGAUGGUGUGGAGGCUGAGGCCAGACGGCUCCCGGAGACUGGGGUCUGCUGAAGACCUGGGCGUGUCAGCUCCACUGGGGCUGGAGCAGGAAGCUCCGUGGGGCGUGGACAUUCGGGGCCGCGCGAGUGAGCCUGGAAAAGGUGCCCCGCAUUUCUUCCCUCAUGCCUAAUGGAAACGUCAGUCACCCUGAAAGGCUCGGCUUCCCUGUGCCUGCAAACAUUUCACAGCCUGAGCUGAUGUGUUUUGAUCAUCUCUCUGCUGGGUUUGGCCCAUGUUGGCCAGUCCUGUUCUGUUUCAGCAAUUUAACAUCUGACCAGUGACUGUCCCCGUGGCUGGAUAUUCUUUGCCUAAUGUACAGAUGCAGUGCUUCAGAUUUAGUUGUUUCCACGAGAGAGGGCUGACCCGCACACCUUUUCUGUGCUGUAAGAGCUGGGCUCUGCAUCCAUUCCAGGUGCACAGGCUAGAGUGUAAUAGGUCGCUUAUUCCGUCACAUCGGAAGCAAGAGGCAAAUUCACCAGGCGGAUGGAGGGUAUCUGAGAAAUCUAGUCCCCGAAAGGUCUCUUCUGUGGCGAUGGAAGAGCAGCAUCAGGAGCCACCUUUUCAUCUAGAGAAAUUGUUCUCGUUCCAGGCCCCUUGAGGGCAGGAUCUGACUGCAAGACUCCCUGAAGUGGGUGCCCUUCUGAGUUCUGUUCUGGAGCAGCUGUGCUCUCUACCGAUAACUGAUAACUGUGUGCCUCUCAAAGUUUAAGAGGGCUGAUGUCAUCUCUUUGGUGGUUGGGAAUGCGGGAUGGAGAGAAAAGUAGGGUGCCAUUUGGAUCACCUGAAGUAAAUGAAGUUUCCUUGGGCAUCACCUCUCCCAGGGAGUUGCUUCGGUGUCGAGACAGGUGCAGGGAGACCUGCCCUUUAGUGAGGUCUGCUGCCGUGAUACAGUAGCUAAGAAAGCUGUGGCUGUGACUUCAAGAGCAUCUGGCCUUCUAAUCCCUUCCUCUUGGCUAGUUGUCACCAUUGUAGUCUGCUGGUCUCUCAUGUAGAACCUUGGUUGCCCAAUUCCCCACCUCAGUGCAUUAAUCGUGUGGAUUCCCUUGAAGAUCAACCAAGUAAUUAUUCCCUAGAUCAGUGAUUGUCAGAUGUACAAAUAUGUCUCUGUAGAUGAGAUUUUAAUCUGCCGCUGUUCCUGAAAGAGGAUAUGGAAGUUCCCAAAGGAUACUAUAUCAUACAAGCAAAAUUUUUUUUUUUUUUGUAAGAAUAGUAGGUUUCUAGCUUUUAAAACUUUUCCCCCCUUUUCAUUCAGAUGGCCCACUUGCUGUGCAAGAGGGUGAGUAGCAAGAAAAGUAAUGCAAUACAGCUUUUCCCAAAUGGUUCUUUAAUACUGUGGAUGAUACAGGGCUCUGUUAUCUUAAGAUGUGAUGCGCUGGGCUGCUGGCAGUUCAGCAACCAGCAACUAGGACCUUAUUUUAAUGCACAAGGCUGCCUUCAGAAAGGUCUCCAGACUCUGCUCUGUAGCAGGUAAUUUUUAUCUGUCUGCUCAUAGCAUGUUGUACUGUAAUGAUUUUGUUCUGUGAUGCAGAUUUCUUUCUGCAUCUAAAUAUAUUGUCUUUUGAUGAUCUGAUAAUGUUAUUUAGUUAUUUAUUCAUCCACAUAAGGUAUUUUAAAUCCCUAUAUUAAUGUCUGCUUGUAUGUACCAUUAUUGUGUUCAGUUUUUUUUUUUUUUGGUAGAAAUUUAGGUAGUUUUGAGUAUUUAAGUUUAAUGUCCAUAGUAUUACCUUAAAUUAAAAUUUCAGAAUGUAGUGUCUGUCUUCUGGUAAAGGAUAAUAAAUAUGUUAAGGCACAGUGGGUUUCUUUUGAAUACUUUUUUUUCAUUGAUUUUUAUUAUAAGUAUAAACCAAGAGAUGCAUUUCUCUGGAGAAAAGCUUAUCUCCUGGAUAAAUAAAAUCAUGC